AUGUACUCAGCAAAUAGAUCUCAUCGCGCUGAAACAAGAAAUCGCUCAAAAGAUGAACUCCGAAAGGUUAUCAACUCAUUGGAAAAAGUUCGUCGGUGGGAAAAGAAGUUAGUUCUUAUCAAGGACACAAAUAUUCGGAUCUACAAAUGGGUUCCGGUGAGCGCUCAAAACAUAAUGGCUCCUCCAAAGAUCAAGGAAGUCAAAGAAGUGGAUGAGGAGAGCAAUCAAGUCCCAUCUGCUGAGAAUUCCCAGGAUUCCACCAGCGUUACCCAACCACCACCACAAUUCGAUAUCAACGAAGAUUCCAAUUUUUCCACUGGCGAUCACUUUGAUAGUGACUCCAAUCAAACUUUCGAGCCACAAAACUAUCAAGGUGGAGCCACUGGUUCAACGGAUUUCAGUUCGAUGCGCGACGCUGAAAUGACAUCAAAACAACCAUAAAAUCUUUAUCUAAUGAUCUCUAAUCUGUACUCAUUUUGAUUUCAUGUUGUAUCAUAUAAUCCUGAUUCAUUCCGAACUUUAUCUCAUUAAUUCAAAAAUUUUCAUGUUUCAUCACAUUUAUUUUUAAUAAUUUUUUGUAUUCACCAGUUAAAAUAACAAGUUAAAACUUUAAAUAAAACCCAUUUCAGUGCU